GCUUGAACUGACAUUGAUGAAAGCAGAGAGCGGACCAUUUUGGCCAGAGGUUGUAUCAGGUGAUAAACGAGGGGAGUAUGUGGUUGAUUCUGAUGAAGCUAAGAAGAUUCAUGAAAGACUGUCCCAUCUCACAUCUGAACAGCUGAGUUUGCCAGGUGAAAGUGACAAGCCAGCGUACAAUACACAGGAGUUGGAAGAAUGUGACGCUUUCCCGGAAGAUACGUCAGCUUUGACUCGUAUCGAUGGAAACCUGCACCAAAUUACAAAUAAGGUCAGCCUUGGAAGUCACCAAUGGUUAUUCAAUGUACAAAUUGAACCAGAAAAAGCACCUGGGAUAUGUAUACGACAUGAUGUAGAUGGGUUGAUAUGGCAACCGGGAAAACCUACAGAAGAUGAAGAAUCGCCAUGGAAGCAUGUAUCAACAUUCAAUGCUUUGGGCUAUGUGCAAGCAUCUAAGCGAGAAAGGAAAUUUGCGACGUGCGCCGCAGAUUUUUCAUACUCGACAUUGUGCGAUUGUUCUAAACAUAUUUACAUAUACAGACAAUGUAAACCGAAGACACCUCUGAGAAAUAGGAAGACUGGUCAAGUCGUGCGACAGGUUGCUAAGCAGCAAGUGGUAUCAUUAGACUCAAUUGAUGAGAUAUUAGGUUUUCAAGCAUGUAAGGAAAGGUUAUAUAUAUUGACAGCGAAGAGACUGUACAUUGUGCGGAUGACGUCUGAAUAAACUAAUGUUGUAGCUGUAAUGUUAUCUAAUCUAUGUUAAUUUAGUGGUGCAAAUUCACUGAAUACAGUCAGUGGAGUUUAGGAAAUUAUGACCAAUGUUGAUGACAUCCUGUAUAAAACACCUUUCCUGUUCCUUCUCCAAAGUCAUUGAGAACCUAUGUAAACUUAACCUGUAUAAAAUAGAAACCUGUCUAAACUAAAACCUGCCUACACUGAAAACCUGUAUAAACUGAACUUUGAGUAAACAUGUCUAAACCAAAAAACCCUGUGUAAAAUGGGACCUGUGUAUACCAUUAACUGAAUACUUUUUCUCGUCCCUGCUCCAAAGUCUUGCUUACACAAUAGAACUCGGACCCUAUCCCUUUUCCAUACACUUAUCCCCCCGAUACUGGUACAUACAUUUAUAAGCCUCACCUCUGUAAACAAAACAAUUUCUCAGUUCGUUUAGUUUUUGAUGACUUUCACUGUAUACGUGUCAGGUAAGCAUACACAGCUAUUCAUGUAUUAUUUUCAGUCUUUUAAUGUAUCUGAAUCCGUUAAGCCAUUAAAAGAAAUGAUAUAGUAGUUA